ACAUUUAUUUAUUCAGGAAACAGGUUUAUUACAAUAGGUACCACUACAUAUAAACUUGGGUUCCGACUCUCUGGAGGCAGACAUAAAACAAAUAUUCCAAAAGAAAGUAAAGGCAGCCAGGAUCAAUGCUCAGGUGCCCUGAGGUCGAGCACCCAUAGGUGGAGUGGGGGUGGUGGUAGUGAUCAGAGAAGGCUUCUUCAGGGGAGGAGGAGCAAGUAAACUGAGUCACCAUCUAUUCUAGUUUAUUCCAGGAUUGUUGAGGAUUCAUCAGCUGAGAAAGAGUAGUUGGGAUGGAGGGGAAGAGACACCAAGAAAUGUAGAUAGCAGAAAUGACGGAACUGGCGAUUAACCAGCGAAGUGAGAGAGGUGGCGGCAGUACAGGACCGUUCCCACGACCCGGGUGCGUGGAGCACGUUCAUCAGUGUGUUCAGCCGCACAAAUGGACCGUGUUCUCUGCUGCUUUCUGCCCUCGUCCUUUCAAACGUGCCACUGGGGCUCUUCCUCAGAGACCUAGGGCCUACCUCUCCACCUCCUCCACGCAGCUGGCCAGCACAGUGCUGGAACUCUGCUCGACCCUCUUGGAACUCUGCUCGACCCCCAUGGCAACGAGCCCUGCGAGCCCAUCCUGGGGCACCCGGCCCUCUCUGUCCGCCCAGCAGGACCCGCGAGCUCUAUCGAGCGGCAAAGGAGUCGGCCAAGAUCAGCAGAGCCUGACCUGGAUGAAGGCAACGGACCCUGAGCUACAGCUGGCACCUUUUAAAAAUAAAAAAGGCACAACUGGACAGGAAUCCAUUCUUCGCGUCGUGGCAGAUGUAUCCAGCCGACUGCACUUUUCUCUUUCCUCCGCCGACCCCAGACUGAGACGCGCUCACAGGACCCGUGAGCCGGGUGGGCGCAGCGGGGAACAGGGGGCGCGCAGGCUGGGCCGGCACCGUGGCUGCGAGGCCUCCGGGGUGAGGACUGCUGCGUGGGGUGCGGGAGGGGGUCUCUCCGCGGCGCGCCCUCGGCCGGGGAGCCCGCGUGCGGGGCGGGCGGCUCCCGGAGUGCGCCGUCCUGCGGUCCCGACCUGUUCCCGGGUUUGA